AUGACAACGCGUCUAAAACUGAGCAAGAGGAGCACGGAGCCGCUGGUGGAUGCAACAGUAUACAGAAGCAUCGUGGGGAGUCUCAGGUACCUGGUCAAUACUCGUCCAGACUUGGCAUUUGCUAUUGGCUAUGUGAGUCAUUUUCUGGAGGAGCCACGAAAGGAUCACUUGGCCACUGUGAAGCAAAUUCUCCACUAUGUGACGGGAACUAAGAACUGGGGUCUUAGGUAUGAAAAAAAGAAGGAAGAGCAGGUCCAGCUGACAGGGUUCAACGAUAGUGACUUCGCUGGUGAUGUUGAUGCUCGGAAGAGCACGACUAAAGUCAUUUUCUUUUUGGCCAACAGCCCAAUUACUUAG